CGUCUCUCACACUCCGGCUGCUCCGAACCGCCCUCUGCCACAACGCCAGCUCCACGGACACACAGGGGACGGCCCUGCUGGGCGACCUGGAGACCCACUCCCUGAACUGCAGCACCUGCGAGAUCCGCUUCCUGCAGCCCUGGGCCCAGCAGGGCCUGACCCCGAAGCAGUGGCAGGACUUGGAGCUGCUGAUCCAUCGCUCCCUGUCUGACUUCUUCCGUCUGGUGAACAAAGUGGUUAAGGAUGAAGGAGAGGGCUCCCCCUUUGUUACCCAGUUCUCCAGUGGCUGCGAGCUGCCUCCCAACGGCUCCUCGACUCAGUUCUGUGAUGCCGGGAUGAACGGCGAGGACGUCGUGAGCUUCGACGCGGACGCCGGCGCCUGGCUCGCUGGGCGGGGGGACAAGCUGGCACUCGAGGCCUGGGACCGUCUCAGCCGGGACAGGGGCAUGACCACCACGCUUCAGUUUCUCCUGAGUACGAUGUGUGUCAAUGGGAUCAAGAGCUUUGUCCAGCACGGGAAAGAGUCUGUGGAGAGACAUGAGCGGCCGGUUGCCAUGGUGUUUGCCCGAGCGCCUCCCCCAGCCGGGACCCCCGCGCCGGUACUGCUGGUUUGCCGGUGUAACGAUGCUGAGCAGAGCAGGCCCUGGGGCCCCGGCCUGGUCGUGGGCAUCACCCUGGGGGUUCUGGCCGUAGCCGCCGUGGCCGUGGUGCUGUGGCGGAGCAGACGCAGGGGCUACCAGGAUGUUGGACCAGGGGAGUCCAGGGUCUGA